CUCCCGGGACGAGCGUGUGAUCAAAGUUCUCUGUUGGUCCCAAGUCAGCGGGGGCGGCGAAGUGCGUUGCGGCUGUCAGCAGCUUGUGAGGCCCCUAAUGCCUGAUGAUGAUGCGGACACACACCGGAACACGCCUCGCCUUGCCCCAGGAGGCCACGCGGGGUUGGGACGGCGAUGACGAGGGCGAGGACGAGGAGGACUGGCUGUGGGGUGGGGACGAGGAGGAGGAGGACGAGGAGAGUGAGGAGGAGAGCUCUGCGCCUGACGGAGGGUGGGGCUGGGUGGUGGCUGUCGCUUCCUUCGUCAUCUACACGUUGGCGUCCAUGUUCGGUAACUGCUUCGGCGUCCUCUUCUCCGAGUUCUUCCUCAAGCUCAACACGUCCUCCACCAAAGUCUCGGAGAUCUUCAACCUGGCCUUCGCGCUCUCCAGUUUCUUUAGCUUCCUGACGGGGCCGCUGGUGGAGCUGUACGGCUGGCGGCGCGUUACCCUCGUCGCCAGCCUCGUGUAUAGUUUGGGUCUGGCCUCGUCCGCCGUAGCCACCUCGGCCUCCUUCUUCUUCGUCUUCACCAUCCUGCUGGCUGGUCUGUGCAUCCUGUUACUGGAGGUCAUCGCGCAGCACACCGUCUCCCUGUACUUCACCAGCAAGCGCCGCCUCGCCACCUGCAUAGUCACCCUCGGAACGUGCGCUAGCCAGGUCCUCCUCACGCCCCUCAUCACGUGGCUGCAGGGGGAGGUCAGUCACCGCGGGGCCACCCUCCUCAUGGCUGCCCUUGCGCUUAACUGCUGUGUGGCGGCCAUGUUUCUACACCCGGUCGAAUGGCAUAAGAAGGAGCGACUGGUAGGCUAUCCUGAAGUCUACGUGGAGAAGAGUAACUUAUCGCCAAACUUAUCGCCACUUUUAUCGCCAAUAUCUCCAGGUGCAGGUUUUAUUAGCUUACCAGAGUCGUCUUUAAGAAACGUACCGGGUCAGCGGGAUCGCCAGGUAGAAACGGGUACAUUAUCGCCAUCCUUAUCGCCAAAGUUAUCGCCAUUUAUCAAGUCGACGAUACCUGGUGACGGAGGAUUUCUUCAGUCGGUCGAGAACGAGAAGAGGGAACGGCAUGUGAGUUUCGCCGAUGACUACCUUGAAAAACACGCCUCAUCCUCAUCGCCAAAGCCCAAGACGAGUCAUACAGUCGGUGGAGGGAUCUUAAGACUCGCACAAACAUCUCUACGAAACCUCCGCUAUUUCAGGUCACCACGAAUCGCCUUAACAUCAAUGAUCCUCGCGUGUAACGCCAGCUCCUUGGUCAACAUCUGGGCCAUCGUUCCCUUUGCCCUCAAGUCGGACGGGUACUCUUCGCAGGAGGUGGCGCUGUGUCUCUCCGUGGCGGGUCUUUGUAACACCGCCUCAAGACUGACCAACGGCGUCCUUAGUUGCUGGGCGGCGUUCACAGUGCAGAGGCUGUAUAUUAUUGGCUCUGCGAUGUCUGCCCUUGGGAUCAUUGGGUUCAGCAUGGUGGAGGGCCUGGCCUGGAAGAUAGUGCUGUUCGGCGUAUGUGGACUCGGCAACGGCACGGUAUCCACGCUGUACAGUCUGGUGGCCGUGGAGGCGGAGGGCCUUCACCUGCAGCUGCCGGUCCUUAGCCUCGCCGGGCUCAUCACGGGGCUCUGGUUUCUCCUGGUUGACCCUCUCACUGGCCUGGUGCGGGACUUGAGCGGCAGCUACUCCGUGUGCCUCGGCGUGCUGGGCGGCUUCCUGUUGGCCAGCCUCGCCCUCUGGCUCCUCAUGCCCGCCCCGGCCCGCAAGUCCCUGCCGCAGCACCGCCGGAGUGAGAGCCGCCCCCUCGUACGCCCCGCCAAGGCCUCAAAGGAUCGGUUCACGGCCCAGGAGACGCCGAGGCUACGAAUGCAUCAUCAGAGGGAGAUUUAACGAGUUCGGGGAAGAGGUGGAGGGACUCAAAGUUGUUCGCCAUUAUAUUUUAUCAAAGGAGAGAAUAAUCUGAGGAAAGGACCCGAAUCUGGCCCUGUUAUCUGUUAUCCAGGGAGAGAUGAAAGGACGCAAAUCCAUUAUCUUUUAACGCUAGAUUCGAUGAUUUUGAUAAGCUAUGUUAACGCUUGUACAGCAUCCACCAUUAAUAUUAACCGUUCCAAGCAUUCAGUAUUUUAAUUUAACCUUCCCCGGCAUCCACCAGUGAGAUUUGACCUUUCCCGGACAUCCACCAGUGAGAUUUGACCUUUCCCGGACAUCCACCAGUGAGAUUUGACCUUUCCCGGACAUCCACCAGUGAGAUUUAACCUUUCCCAGCAUCCACCAGUGAGAUUUGACCUUUCCCGGACAUCCACCAGUGAGAUUUGACCUUUCCCGGAUAUCC